AUGUUUGUCAAAUCCGAGACGUUGGAGUUGAAGGAGGAAGAGGACGUGCUGGUGCUGCUCGGCUCGGCCUCCCCCGCCUCGGCUGCCCUCACCCCGCUGUCGUCCAGCGCGGACGAGGAGGAAGAGGAGGAGCUGGGCGCGGCGGGCGGGGCGCGCGGGCCGCACGGGGCCGAGGCGCGGCCCGGGGCGCUGGGCGGCUCGCCCGCGGGAGCCGAGGGCUGCCGGCCCGCGCGGCUGCUAGGUCUGGUGCACGAGUGCAGCAAGCGGCGCCCCUCCAGGGCGCGGGCCGUUUCCCGCGGAGCCAAGACGGCCGAGACGGUGCAGCGCAUCAAGAAGACCCGUAGACUGAAGGCCAACAACCGUGAGCGCAACCGCAUGCACAACCUCAAUGCGGCGCUGGACGCGCUGCGCGAGGUACUCCCCACGUUCCCCGAGGACGCCAAGCUCACCAAGAUCGAGACCCUGCGCUUCGCCCACAAUUAUAUCUGGGCGCUCACCGAGACCCUGCGCCUGGCGGACCACUGCGGGGGUGGCGGCGGAGGCCUGCCGGGGGCGCUCUUUUCCGAGACCGUGUUGCUGAGCCCGGGAGGCGCUAGCGCCUCCCUGAGCAGCAGCGGAGACAGCCCGUCGCCUGCCUCCACCUGGAGCUGCACCAACAGCCCAGCGCCGUCCUCCUCGGCGUCCUCCAACUCCACGUCCCCCUACAGCUGCACUUUAUCUCCUGCCAGCCCGGCGGGGUCUGAUAUGGACUAUUGGCAGCCCCCACCUCCCGACAAGCACCGCUACGCACCUCACCUCCCCAUAGUCAGGGACUGUAUCUAG